GCACGACAGAGAUCGGAACGCGUUCCGCAACACGUGCACAUCAUCCCGGUGUCGUUGAUUAAUAUUCGUUCGUUAAGAAUUUUUCUUCCUUUUUACUUAAUUCUUUCGUUUUCUUCCUGCAUAAUUUUAAACUAUAUCCACGGUAUCCACGGUAGUUUGUGAAUAUUUGUGCUUCUCCGCUAGUGGAUGGAAACAUGUGAUGAACGCGUGUUCGUAAAUGUUCGUUAAAACGGUUGAUAAUUUGAAAUUUGUGCUCAUGUAUAAUAUUCGAUGAACAAGAAAGAAUAUAAUCUUCAAAAUUGUCAUUCUGCUGGAUCAACGACAGGUAUUUACAGAUAUACCAGAUUUGAUGUAUCCAGAUUUGAUGUGAUUUCGUACGAACCGUGGUUGCACGGUACGAAAGGCACCGAGAGCGACGAGGAUGAUGUAGCCGUCCGGCGGCUGCCGAUUCACGAGAAUAAGCAUCGAGAGGAUGUACACGAACGAACAACGUGCACGAACAAACGAGAACGAGUUGUUUGUCGCGAUUCCUCGAGCCGAUUCCAUUCGCGUAACGCGUUAGAGAAUAGAAAAAUCGUGACCAAGAAAGAAUCAUAACUGCCAGAUAUAUAAUUAAAAAAAAAAAUCCUUCCGUUCCAUCCUGAGAAAAAAAAGAAAAAGAGCAGAAAGAAGAAGGAAGGAAAAAAGUAUCUCUCUCCGUUCUCACCCUCUUUCGAGAUCAAAAAGACUGAAUAUCAAAGAGAGGAUCAAGAUGUUGGGAGUGAGUCAACCGGGAAACCCACCCUCGAGCCUGCGACACUCGGCGAGUUUCUCGUGUCUUCAACGGGGCACGGCGAGCGAGGGACACAGGGCGAGGACCUCGACUCUGCUCCAAACACAGCCGAGCCUCCAGCUGAGCAACAGCCAUCACCAGGCGUACGCGCCCGGCCAGGCGACCUCGUCCCUCCUCCAACAGUCCUCCUCGGCCGUGGGGACCGUUCAACACCGCAUCGAGGCGUUGGAAGCCAGCACCGUGCAAGACACCGGCAACGACUACGGUUUCGUCAAGCUACGCCCACGCCUGCGUAGCACCAACGCCACCCUCCACUACGAGGAGGAGCUGGCCGCUCAGAGGGGCGCUAUAUGGGACCGGGACGCGUCGGCGUUCAGCGACCGCGAGUGCGACGGCAAUUACAGGGGGGACCCGCCCUCCCUCAAGCUCAAGGACAACAGGGAGCACUCGCCCAAGGGCGGGAAGAAUCAGAACCCGCUCAGGGGCGCCCUCGUACUGUUCACCUCGACCUCGUCGUGGUGGAAGGCAAGGCAACGGGAGGAUCAGCUGAACGGCGGCGUGGCGGCGGCGUUCGCCUCCUCGUCCGAGCGAAAGUGGUCCAGCACCUCGAUGGCGUCCCCCUCGAACGAGAGAAAGUGGCCCUCGCUCGUCACCUCGCCCACCAACGAUCGCAAAUGGUCCCUUGCGGCCAACAACAACAGUAAUAACAACAACAACAACAGCAACAACGCUUUGACGUCGCCGGGUAACGAGAGGAAGUGGACGAGAUCGUCGGUCACGUCGAACUCGGGCGGGCAGCAGCAGGACAGGAAAUGGCGGUCGCUCGGCGCCCUGUUGAGGGCCCCGACCGGGGCAGCGACGCCCGCCUCGCACGCCGUCCAACACUCCUUGUCCCACAACAUGAGCGUCUCGAUGAUCGAGGACCACCACUUCAGGGAGGACGCCCGGGGCUCGGCAUCGUGCAAGUCGACGCGUUACCAACAACCGGCGGCCACCUCGUACUCGGCCCGGGUGUCGCGCGUCACCCGGGACGUUUACAGGGAGAACGGGUCGGAGUUCGGGCAGGCGGGGGGCAGGUCGAAGGUGAGCCGUAGGCUGUAUCAGGAGGAUUGCUUGGACAGGGACGGGGCGGAGGAGAGAUCUCACCAGGCGCCGAGGCAGCAACACCAGUUCGACGAGGAGUGCAGGGGAGGGCGCGCGAAUCGGGAGAGUGCAAUCUGCAAAACGGAGCAGCAGACGAUGAACGAGACUGCGGGUGGCACGCGCGCUUCCACGACGAGAUCGAGCCGGGCGCAAAGCUUCUAUCUCCUCGACGAUUUCCUGCGGCCCCAGCCCCAACAGAACAACGCCACUAAUAAUAACAAUAACAACAACAACAACAAGUGCAUGCUGAACGUUUACCUGUCGCCGUCGCACGCCGCGUCCAAGUCCACGUGUGGCGGCAACGAUCUGCUGCACUCGGGCAGAUCGGGCGACCAGGCGAAGCACCAGGUCCCCCCGCAGGCAGGGAGCGCCAACGUGACGAACAUCACUCCGCCGCGGCGCCACAACUCCAGCUCGGACAGCCUCGAGGUCGCGACCAGUCCGCUUCCGCCGCCUGUCCCGCCCCCGCCACCUCAGGUCGCCGCGACCCGCGACAGGGAGAGGGCGGAGAAUUUGAAAGAGAAGGACGUGUGCCAGUGCAAAGUGUGCUGGACCAAUAUGCAGCAGCAAAGAUGUUUCGUAGAAGAGGUGAGUAGGCGCUCCAAAGAACGUGCAUCUCUCUACCAAGAGACGGGGAGGAGUCCUGGAACGCUGCACAAAGAUGUCGGUGGUGCUGGUACCAAGGUCAGCGGAAAGACGGUCGGCGGUGUCGGCACUGCAACCCUUACCACGCUCUCUUCCAUUAAUAAUACAUCCAAUACCAGCCGGAACAAGAACAAUCCCGUAUCCCAAGAGAAAUUACUGUCAUUCUUUCAUCCCAAAACGACGCGAGUGGACAAGUCUGACAACAACAACACGACCAACUCCACCACCAACAAUAUUCACAACAACCUGCCGAUACACGAGCCUAUCAACGCCACAUCUCACGAUGUGUAUCCUGGGAGAUUGCCAAUGACAGCUCCAGAAGCACUCAAGUAUUAUGGCUCGAGGCUCACCGAAUUUGAGCGCAACGAAAUCGAGAAAUACUCGGAGAUUUGGUACCUCGGCCUGUCGGCCACGAAAAUUCACGGCGAGGAGGGCUCAUCCCAAAAUGGUGGAUACGACGACGAAAACGGUAGUUACAACAAGGUCUUCCACGAUCAUAUCUCGUACAGAUACGAGAUAUUGGAGGUGAUCGGGAAGGGAAGCUUCGGACAAGUGAUCAGAGCGUUGGAUCACAAGACGGGACAGUACAUUGCCAUCAAGAUCAUCAGAAAUAAAAAGAGAUUCCAUCAUCAGGCGUUGGUCGAGGUGGAGAUUUUGGAACAUCUCAGGAAGAAAGAUUUAGAAGCGAAUGCGUCGCACAAUGUGAUACACAUGCUAGAAUACUUCUACUUCAGGAACCAUUUGUGCAUCACCUUUGAGUUAAUGAGUUUGAAUUUAUACGAGCUAAUCAAAAAGAAUAACUAUAAGGGAUUUAGUCUGAGCCUAAUACGACGAUUCGCCAAUUCUUUAAUUAGCUGCCUGAGACUGCUGUACCGAGAGAAGAUAAUUCAUUGCGAUUUGAAACCUGAAAACGUGCUUCUGAAACAGCGGGGUAGCAGCUCGAUUAAGGUGAUAGACUUCGGAUCCUCGUGUUACAGCCAUCAGCGUGUAUAUACAUACCUUCAGUCCAGAUUUUAUCGUAGCCCGGAAGUGAUUCUGGGCCUUCCAUACGGUACACCGAUCGACAUGUGGAGUUUGGGCUGUAUCCUGGCCGAACUCUACACAGGUUGCCCUUUGUUCCCGGGCGAGGAUGAAAUCGAACAACUUGCCUGCAUUAUGGAAGUUCUUGGCCUGCCACCGGAACAUAUUAUUAAUCACGCAUCCCGUCGCAGGCUUUUCUUCGAUCCGAAGGGAAGUCCUCGAUGCGUGACGAACAGUAAGGGCAAGAAGAGAUGGGCUGGUAGCAGGAAUCUUGCCAUAGCUCUUCGUUGCACCGAUACACUUUUCGUCGACUUUGUUCGCAGAUGCCUCGAGUGGGAUCCAAAGAAACGCAUGACCCCCGACGAGGCGAUGCGUCACGAGUGGCUGAACUCGUCCUCGUUUCACGUGAGCUCCUCGACGUCCACGAUAGCCGCGUCGACGGUGAACGCGAACACGAACGCGAACGCGAACGCAACUAGCAUGGAAACGUCGUCGCAAUCCGCCCACGCUCAAACGGUGAGCGUGACGGUGAGCGCGCCGAGGCAACGGGCGACCACCGUCGAGGAUCCCCCGUACACGAUGUACCGUUUGUGCAAAGGUCGUAAGUACGUGCAGAGGAUCAGCACGACCGAGAACACGGACAACGGGGGCCUCGUAGUGAAGAGCAAGCUGAACGGAAGCGCGAGCAGCCACGCGCUCGCGAGUAGCACGCAGACUACUACCUCGAGGCACGCCUCGACCGGCGAUAUCGUCGCGAGUCUGGACCCAAAUCUCGACGAUUCCGGCGCCACCGGCAGAAAAAGAGAGAGCUGCCCACAGAAGCACUUUGUUCGACUAUAGUCAGAGCGACGAGUCCAACAUUUAAACGAGUGUAGUAUCUAAACCACGUACAUAGAUCACACAUAACCUCACAUACAUACAGACACAGAACAAAUUUAUAGCGAAACAAGAAAUAUCAAAUUGUGUAUAAUAAUUAACAUUAAUAAUAAAACUCGUGUGCGUCCGUAUGCAUAUGUGCGUGAGAACGAAAGAAGAAAAAGAAACAGAAAUAUCAGAAAGGAACACAGAGGGAAGAUAUAUUAGAUAUGUCAGAGAGAAUGUGUCCAGCGAGAAUGCGUUACAUUAUCGCAUAUACAUAUAUACAUAUACAAUUUUACGUGUUAAGUAACCCACGCGGAAGCGAAAAAACGAGUUAAAUAUAGAAUAUUCAUUUAGAAAAUAGAGAAGACCGUUCGAACAACGUAGCUCCGAUACAUGGAGUCCCCUGUUUCCCAUUACUCUUCCCUUUGGUACUGUUCUAUUGUGUAAAGUCGUGUCGAUUAAAUCGUUUAUAAAAUUUUUCAAUUAGAAAAAAUUUAGAAAACUAUCGGAAGAAAUAUUUUCCUUGAUAUAUUAAUUAUAAUUAAAGUCUUAUAUAUAUAUAUAUUAUAGUGACGAUCUGAUCAUUUAAUCUGUUUGACGAAUUUAUUGUUCAAUGUGGUGAAUACAAAUAGACAUUCGAUAAACAUUGUUACGCUAUAACUAUUGCUAUUUAAUAAGUAAGAAUAUAUAUACAUAUAGAUGUCAAAUGUCUAAAGUGUCCUAGAAGCAAAAAAAAUUAUAAGUGCUUAAAUGAACAGCUUAAUUUUACAUCCAAUACCAAACAUUUAAUUGAGAAACACUUUAUUCUCGUUUUAUAUCGGUUUUUAAACGAUUUAAUCGAAUCGAUUGAACACAUUUGACGCGAAAAAUUUACGAGCACGAAAAACGUGAAAUUGAAUCGAUAAAUCUUUUUCUCUUUCAUUAUGGUUUUUCGUUUUCGCGAGUUAUUCACGUCAAUUGUACAAUCCUCAAAUUUUUUAGUUGUGUUCACUAUAUUGUAUACAGUGGGAUCAAAUUACACGCGUUAGGAUCGACUAAUCUACGUAAACUGAUCGUCUCACGUUUAAUAUGUCGCCGUGUAUUCGCGCAUGCGUACAUGUCUUUCGUGAGGUGAGAUUUGCCUAAAAAAUUUAAAUAAAAAUUAUUGAAGUAUACUUUCUUUAGAAAUAAACAAAAAUUAAAAAAAGAAAAAAAAAGAAAGAUAUGGGACAAAGUGAUGUUUAAAUAAUCAAUUCAUGUAUCUUCUAAAACAAAAUUUCUUAUGUCAAAUUCAAUUGGAUUGAGAAAGAAUUAUUACCGUCUCGUAAUCCAAGUUUAUCGGUUAAUAAUAGCCGGAAUAGCAUGGACAUACAAGACAGUUACUUUCUAGUCCAAAAACAUGUUACGAAAAAAGGGGGGAUGGUCUAAAAAGGUCUAAACUCUACUAAAGAAUGAAAAGGGAAGGCUCUCUUUCAGGCUUCAGCGUGGAAUGCUCUUAGUGUAUAUCUGUUAGGACAACGUGUAACUAAUUAUCGAAUUAAUGACGUGAUUAGAUUUAUCAAAUUCAAUUAGAUAGUAACUGUGCAUAAAUGGCGAGAUCGUUGCCAUAGCCAUGACCGCGACCGUCCCUUUUCCCCCUCCCUUCUGGACAUAAUAUCGAUCUAUAAUGUUCGAUUAAUUCAUACAAUUAUCCUUGUGACGAUUAAUUGUUCUUGCUUAGUAUAUCUCAAUAGGACAAUCACAAAUAAUAAUUUUGUAUUAGUGUAUUAUUACCAAAAUUAUAGUUAAGCAGUUUAUGAAAUUUCAAAUAGCGAAUAUUGUUUUUUUUUUUGUCAAAAUCCAAACAUUGAGGUUCUGUGCGCUGUUGCCGAUUGAGAGACUAUAACGGAAUUUGUAAAUUUUCUUCACAUUGUAUGUUUCCAUCAUUGUCAAGUUCUCUUUAUAUAAUUAAAUUUCAUGUGGUUAAUAUAGAUCGUAUUUCUCAAAAUAAAAGCAUGUACAAAAUGUAAUAAGAAAUAUAUCUUUGGUAAUGACACAGAUUUUCGCAUGUUUGAGACAAAAAUCGAUAGUAUAAAUUCUAAUCGUGAUUUUCUUCAUUAGCAAUAUAUUAGCAUAUAUUAUUUUGAGUUAUUAUACUAAUUAAACAUAUAAAUAAGCAUAUUAUAUAUAUGAGAAUUUUUUAUUCGAAAUGUAAUGAUGAGCUUCGUAAAAUAAAAAAUAAAUAAAAUGGAAUAAAAUCGGGAGGGGGAAAGGAUAUCUCACAGAAUAUAGAAGAAAUAUGGGAAGAAAUGAGAGGAAGAGAGAGGAGAGAGAGAAUGAGAGUGAGAGAGCAGGAAUUGAUAAUAGUGGUUUGUAACCCGAUGUUGAAUAGCAGGAAAGACCUUAUUAUCGUGCAGUGUGAGUUCGUCAAUUUCUGCUCAACUUAAUUAUAGUGAACGAAAAGAAGAAUUGCUAAUAAUAAAUGAUUAUAAUAAUGACAUUAGUAUAUGUAACGAUACAAUACUGAAGCAUCAUCAUCUUUUGUAUCAUUUGUUCGUUUGUUUUUAUCUUACUGCGUUUGUCUUUCAUUAUUAAUGCAAUACCAAGAUGACUCGGUUUCGACACGGUAUCUUGUGUGUAAAUAUAUACUAAUAAAAAACACAAACAUAUAAAAAUGA